AUGUGGUUCAACUGCUGCCUGCGACGCCACACCGAAUACGACGACAAGGAUCUUCCACUGACUGGCCAGCAUCCCCGUCUGUCCAACUCUGGCUCCUCCGACUCCGCCGCGACUCUCAAUGACGAAAAUGAACUAGAGAAGGAAUACUCGUACUCCAUCAACAGAGAACCGGGCGCCACUCGAGAGCCCCAGUUUGCCCGACUUCAAAAGAACCAGCCUCCGGCACGAAAGAGCUGGGCCACAUCGCUCGGAUUUGCGCCACAAACCCCCAUGAACAACGUCUACAACAUUGAGUGCGACGGCGUUCCUGAGACUCUCGAGCGUCUUCUGGCGCUCCACGGCCGACCCACUCACGCCGCCAUGCUCGACAAGUCAUACUCCCUCUACAUUCCUCCGGACCACGCCUCUGUCAUCUGCUUCAAGGUCGCACAAAAGGUCGCCGUUGUCUACGGAGACCCUCUCUGUGCCGCCGAACACAUGCCCGGCGUCUUCCAAAACUUCCGAAAGCACUGCCGAGCCCAGGGCUGGAAGACCGCCAUUGUUGGCGCCGGCCCCGAAAUGGCUGACCAUGGCCGAGAGGCAAAGUGGGGCCUCAUGGAGUUUGGUGUCGAGCACGUCAUCAACCCCCAGACCAACCCCGGUUUUGGCCGAACCAUCAACCGAUGGAACCGAAACCUGCAGAAGGAGGGCGUCAGCCUCAAUGUGUACUCGCCCAAGGACGGCAUCGACCCCCAGCUGGAGCGAGAUCUCAUGCAGGUGUACGCCGACUGGCGACAAUCUCGAGUCGACCGACAUCUGCCCCAGGCCUACUCGACCGUUCUCAACCCCUUCGCUCUGCGAACCUCACGACAUCUCUACACACUUGGUCCCGACGGCAAGCCCAACUCCUGGGCUUGUCUGAUGCAGGUCGGCGGCCACAAGGGCUAUCUGAUCGAGCCUUGUAUCGCUCGAGAAGACGCCGGCCAGGGCACCACUGAAUUUCUCACUACUAACGCGACCCGAAUUCUUAAGGAGGAAGGCCUUGAGUACCUGACUUUUGGCCUCGCCCCUCGAGAAGAGAUGGGUGAGCUCUCUGGCAUGAACAAGAUCAUCCAGGAGUCGACGCGCUCGCUCUACAAGACUACCUGCAAGGCUCUCGCCCUUAACGGUAAGCAAGCAUUCCACGAGAAGUUCAAGCCCGACGACAACCUCCGUGGCCCUCUCUAUCUCCUCUACCCUUCAGGAUGCCAUCAUCUGGGCGGCGUCAGAGCCGUUCUAGAAGUUACUCAUAUCAGCAUAUCUGAGGUGUGGACCCGAUCGAGGGCCGCCGCAGCGAAGGAGAAGGCAAAAAAGCGAGAGGAACGAAAACAGAAGCGUUCCAUGGAAUCGGAUCGAUCCGUCCAAUCUCAUGGCCCCAUCCCUCCUGUCGCCGCAUAA